AGAUCAAUGCAAAAUGUGUAUCUGUUUAUUCAGGUGACAAAAGAUUUGGAGAAGAAGAUUGGACCGAAGUCUGUGUACAACGCCCUCACCUUCAGAGCGGCUGAUACUGAAAUACAGUACAUAGCCAAGGUGCAUGUUGGAGAGAAUGACUGUGCUCAUGUGAAAGUCUCUCAGAUUCUCCCUUGCUAUGGAGAAAAAGUGAAUCUGCUUGAUUUCCAGUUUCCUAAAAAAAGAGAGGAUGAAAUCGAACCCUUCUGAAGACUUCUGAACACAUUAUUCUGUCCUCACAGAGCGACUCAUGCAUGAAAAACAUUUUUCAAUAAAGUCCUGAAGCAUAACUGUC